UCGCCCUGACGCUCGCUCGCGGAUCUCUCCCACGACACUCAGUGCAGCUCGAGCCUUUCGCGCGCAAGCACAGCUUACUCGCCGCGGAGCCCGUCCGUACAAGUACAUACAUAUAUACUGGCGCAUUACGUAUAUUGCUGAAUACCAGUGUUGGCACUGCAAAAUUUGCUUCAACUUUUUGGCCGAGUGAGUGGAUUAAUUGUACCAACCGAGCAUUAAAAGUGCAAAAAAAAAAAAAAAAAAAAAAAAACGGUAACGCCAAAUCAUCAAGUACUUUAUUGCCAAACAAGUAGCGAGGAGCUGCAUAGGUACUCGUAGCUACCAAGAAAGUACGCAGGCGCGCGAAAAUACACGCACACAGUUUCGCGUUAGUGGUAUACAUAUAUACACAUACAAGGGGCUCAGCCCCGUCGGCGUCGGGACAAAAAUCGUUAUGCGCGACGACGACGACGCGCGCGCGAGAGUAUUGCACGUAUGAAUAGCCCCAGUGAAAGGGAAAUGCGUCGAGGAUGAGCUGUAGUGUCAAGAUCUCGAGCGCCAAGAGCUGGAGCGGCUCUCAGCGCAGGAUUAACGCCCUGGCGGAGGAGAGCGCGGUCGCAGCGAUGGGCCCGAGUCCCCCGGGUUGCACUAGUAGCCUGAACCAGCAGCAACAACAGCCAAUAAUUGGAGCAGCAUCGGGGCCGACGAGCCCCCAGCAACAGCAAAACAACGGCGUGGCACAGCCAGUUACAGCUGCCCCGCAGCAUCACUCGUUGCGCCCGGUCAAGUCGGCGGUCGCGGCCAAGCGAGGUGAGGACGUGGCCAAGCUGCUGCGCUACAUCGACGAGAACGUCAUCGGCAAAAAUGGCACCUUCCUCGGACCAUUCGGCCGCAGGAAAGUUACGUACUGCGACUACACGGCCACGGGUAGAUCCCUGCAGUUCUUGGAGGACUACAUAUUCAACGUCAUUUUGCCGUACUUGGGCGACACCCGGGCUUCCACUUCGAUAUGCAGCUUGCAAUCGUCGCUCUUCAGGCACGAGGCGAGGGACAUUGUGCGCCACGCGGUCGGCGCGGACGAGGACGACGCGGUGCUGUUCACGGGCCAAAGCACGGCCGGAGCGUUGCGCACCCUCCUCCGGCACCUCGACCUCACGACCCCGACGACGGUCUUUGUCGGGCCCUUCGAGCACCACGCCAACCUCAGGCCGUGGCGCGAGCACGGGGUCAAGCUGGUGAGAAUAGACGAGACCCGUGAGGGCUUCCUGGAUCUGAACGACCUCGAGCGAAAACUCGUGGAGGAGCGCGCGACCAGCUCGUACUCUAGGCUCGUCGGUUACUUUAGCGCGGCCAGUUGCAUAACCGGCGUGUUGGCCGACGAAGUCGCCACGACCCUCCUCCUGCGCCAACACGGCGCCCUCAGCAUCUGGGACUACACCUCUGCGGCUCCCUACGUCAAAAUGGAGAUGAACCCCCACCUGCCCGGAGUGGACGGGACGACGGUGCACAAGGACGCCAUGAUAUUCUCGGGGCACAAACUGAUCGGGGGCGCCCAGACUCCGGGGGUCCUGGUGGUCAAACGGUCGCUUCUCCUGGACGAGGAUGUUGGGCCCGAGGACAUGCGCGACUCGCACCGCUACCUGCGCGACCCGGAGCUCAGGGAGGAGAGCGGCACCGGGGGCAUAGUUGAGUCCGUGCGUUGCGCCCUGGCCGUCCAGCUCAAGGAAAACAUCACGCCCCAGGUGAUCGCCUCCCGCCAGGACAAGAUCACAAAGCAAGUGCUGUCCCACGUGCGCACGAUACCCGAGCUGAUACUGCUGGGCUGUAGCUCGCAAAACGUCAAGCGGCUGCCGACCUUCUCGUUCAUGGUGCGCCACCCGCGGGGCACGUUUCUCCACCACAACUUUGUCUGCGCCGUUCUCAACGACGUCUUCGGGGUGCAGGCUCGCGGUGGCUGCGCUUGCGCCGGCCGUUACGCCCACGACCUCAUGGGCAUCGACGAGAAGCUCGCCCGCGAGUACGAGGCCCUCCUCCUCCAGAGCAACCAAAACGUGAACAACAACAACAACGGGAUCCGCGACGAGUCGAACGCCGAGACGUUGCGCCCGGGCUUUACGCGGCUCACGUUCCCCUACUUCAUGUCGGAGGCCGAAAUCGGCUUUGUCCUCGAGGCCUUGAAAAUGGUGGCGACCGAGGGCUGGAAGCUGCUGCCCCAGUACGUGCUCAACCCGGAGACCGGUGAGUGGCGUCACCACACCAACAGCGUGUUCAAGGACCGCCGGUGGCUCGGCUCGAUACGCUACACGGACGGGCGCAUGAGCGCGACGGAGCGCCGAGUCUCGGGCCCGGGGGUCUUUCCCCAGAGCCACUCGGACUGCCUACAGACGGCCCGCAACACGUUCAACCGGGCCCGCAAGAUGGCCCAAAAGUUCCCCAUGCAGAUUGACCGGAGCGUCUCGUUCGGCGAGCGCAGCGAGGCCCUCCGGUGGUUCAUGCUGCCCCGGGAGGCCCAGGACCUCCUGCUCGGGAACUCGCAGAACGUCAAGCACCACGUGCCCUUCGACCCCAUCCGCUACAGGCUCGCUCUGCUCGACAACUCGUGUUUCGUCGGUAUGAGGAGGCUCAACAGCGACGUGCCGCGGGGCUGCGCCAAAAAGGUCCCGAUUACGCCAAACUCGCCGCGCCACCGGAGCUUACCCGCGCUGACGACCACCGCAACCAUGACGCUCGGAAAGACCAAGGGAAUGGCCAAGAGCUGCGACGUCGAGGACGACGAGGACCAGGAGGACGAGGAGAUCGCACGCGCCAAAAAGUUGCCGGCCACUUGUCCGGGCUCGCCCAUGCCCGUGAGGUUCGCCGUGGGCGAGGCCGUGACCACCGCGGCGGUUGGAAUACUAGGCUCGAGCAACCCGGCCAUCGCGCGGCUGGUGCACGGAGUCGAACACCAAAGCGACCACAGCAACGACAGCAACGGUCACACUCACUCUGGAUCCGAAGCCGAUUCGCCCGUCUACGUGGCUCGGGUGCGCUGCAACUCGUUGGGCAGCUCGACGGAGUGCCGUGGGCGUAGCGGCUCGACGCCUGGUACCACCUCGCCCGUGCCGAUACCCCUGAGCCCGCAAACCCUCGCGAGUCUUGGUAUCGCGGCAGCGAGCGGCUCCCAGCGCCACCGGCACUGCAGCUGCAGCAGCCAGACUGAGCUCGACGGGCCCGGCAGGUCGGCCUCCUCGCUCGGCCACGUGUCCACGACCUCGCCUCCACUGGGCAGCGCCACUUCCUCGUCCUCGUUCGACACGGCCAUCGGCACCCACCGGCUGGGCCGAUCCUCGCCCAUCCUCUCCUCGGUCAUGAGGCAGAGCUCCGAGGACGACCUGCGUGCCUACUUCAAGGAACGGACGAGGGAGCUGGCCACCGAGAUCAAGUCCGAGCUGAGGGAGGUCAUAUCCAAGGUGGACGACGCCCUGUCCGAAAGCAACACCACCGACUCGUCCGCCCAUCACUAUCAUCAGCAUCAUCCCCGCACCCUCGAGAGGCAACAGCACCACGACUCGUUUUCCGCCAGCGACAUUGCCGAGUACCUCAUGGAGUUCUCCAAAGAAAUGGCCAGCGAAGUUAAGUCGGAGAUCCGCGAAAUGGUCAGCUCAGUCGACGGGCUGCACAGGUACUCGCCGGACGACAGAUCAUCUUCCGGGUGUAACUCGCCCUCGGACCGGAGGCGCGCCACGUCGGGGCUCCUGGAGCAGCACAACUCGCGCUGCCGCACUCCCAUCCUCCCUGGCAAGGUCAGCGAGCUGUCGCAGCACGAGAGCAAAAUGUCGUCCGAGUGCUCGUCCGACGAGACCGUCAUCUACGUGGUAAAGCCAAGCCCGACGGCCGAGAACCCACCGAGCCUCGGGAAGCCACACCAGCCGCAGCCAGCCGCGCCGGUGACGACCAGCAACAACACGGACGACGACGACGAAGCCGAGCACAGCGAGCCCGAGAAGAAUCUCCCCAAGAUCUACUCGGCCGUGAACUCGGUCAGCUCGCAGGACAGCGGCAUCAACCUCAGCUUCCAGGACAGCGACCGCUCGGUCGACGGCUCGGCACCCGAGCUCGGGCGCAGCAGCAGCGCGGAAUCCACCUCCAACGGGUGCUGCGGGCGCAACAGCACUACAAGUAGGCCUCGCCUGGGAACCGCUGCCACGGGUCUCGGCCUCUGCAAGCAGGCUCGCGCCAACGACGACCUCUCCGAGGACGACGAGACCUUCUUCUCGGCCACGCAGCUGCACACCCAAAAUCUCGAGGGCGCGACGGACGCGGAGGAACAGCAUCAGUCCCCCGGGCCGUGGCACUGUCCGCCCAAGAACGUCUGGAAGCCGACCGUCGAGGCCCUGCAGGAGUUCAACAUGAUCCGGGACGGGGACCGGCUACUCUUGUGCCUGACACCCGGAGGCGCCAGUUCGAUGAGUCUCCUGCACGCGCUGCACCAGUACCGCUUCUACGGGAGGUCAAAGGGCCUGGACUUUGAGAUCGGCGUGGCCAGUGUCGCCCGAGCACCCGAGCAUCGCCUGACCACGUACCUGACCGCCCUCGGGGUACCUUACUUUUGCGAGGAUCCCACAAACAGUGGGACAACCAAGGCACCACCUUCAUCGUCGUCGUCGUGCACGAGCUUCUGCGAGAAGGCGACGCGAGCCAAGCUGUACGCCCUGGCCAAGACCAACGGCUACAACGUGCUGGCCCUCGGCCAAAACCUCGACGACCUCACCGAAGGCUUCCUCGGCUCGUUCUUCAACAACGGCAAGCUCAAGACGAUGAAGGCGCACUACUACAUCCGCGAGCAGGAUCUCAGGGUCGUCAGACCCUUCGUUUACGUGCGCGACAAGGCCCUGAGGCAGUUCGCCGACGGGAAGAAACUACCAGUCUCCAAGGAGCCCACUCCCGCGGGCGCUGUCAAGGCCAAUGGAAACGUGGGAAAUAACGAAGAAGAAGAAGCAGUGGAGUCCUUGGAGGACGCCAGACCGGACUCGAGGUAUCCCCGACUGUACUGGUCCCUGCGCUCCGCCCUGCGGCCUCUCAUAUCCACCCACCCGAGCAACCCCGGCGCGGACGGUGGUGAGCAGCUCCAGAAGCGCCAGCAGCACCGGCGACCGCGCACAAACUCCUUCAGCGCGGUGCCGCUCGUGACUUCCGGCUUGGGAUGUGUGGCGGGUAGCGCGGCGUCGAACAAACGCAUUGACGACGACGACGAGACGGACGAGGAGCCGAUCUCGUGAAGGUCGUCGUUCGAAGCGAACCCGAAGCGACGCGGUUUGCUCGCUGCCGGCCGGUUCAAAUAGUAAACGCACCGUUGGAGCGCUCGGAGCUCUACAUUCCACGUUCGUUUACAUUUGCUCAGGUUUCGGGGAAAGACAAUAUCUUUGCAUCACUGAUCGUGAGCCGUAGUGGGAAAGCGUUGUAGAUGUAUAGUUGUGUCGUUGGCAAGAAGUUAUGAAAAUACUUUUUUUUUUUUUUUUUUUUUUUUUUU